UAUUACGUUGUAGGAAAUGCGAUGCAAUGUGUUUCAAAUGACACGUCCUUCUAGAUGAAGAGAUUAGAUUUCCUCUGUAAUGCACCACCACACAUCACACGUUGCAAAUGUGAAAUAACAGAUGAUUUGGUGCAAUAUAAGAAGCAUAAUCCGGAUUACGCGCGCGGUUAAUCCAAAGGUCGUUUAUUUCACCACUUUUCUGUUUUGCCAUCUUUCAUGCUUUUCCGUAGAAAACAUCGAGUGGCGACGUAGCUCCGCCUUCGGUUACUGCAGUUCCACUGAAAAUCUACGGAAUACACCUCUGCGCGGGACAGCCUGCAAAAAUAAAGUGUCUUGAAACCGUCUUAUCGUCACAAACAACGAGCUCAUAUCAGGAUUUCAGCAGGGUUUAUGAAUGGUUUUCGAUAUGGAUUAAUACUCACACCCUGACUGCAGGACGGCUCGUUUGGACGCUGCUUUCACAUGAGCCCUACAAUGUAUCAGGCGCUACGGACGUCUUUACUAUUAAAUGCCCGGUGCUGGGAUGCCGACAGUGAGAGGUCAUACCAGGACCUGUUCGAGAGGCUCGAUACCAAUAAAGAUGGGAAGGUGGAUGUCGCUGAAUUGCGCGCGGGCCUCAAGGCAAUGGGCAUAUUCCGACAGGGAGCUGCACAGAAAAUUGUGUCGUCUGGUGACCAGAACAAAGAUGGGAGUCUGGACUUCAACGAGUUUACCAAAUAUCUGAAGGAGCACGAGAAGAAGCUGCUGCUGACGUUCAGAAGUUUGGACAGAAACAACGAUGGGCGCAUCGAUGCCUCGGAGAUCCAGCAGAGCCUUGCAGAGCUGGGCAUGGAUGUCAGCAGAGAGGAUGCCCUGAAAAUCUUACAGAGCAUGGACAUUGAUGGCACCAUGAUGGUGGACUGGAAUGAGUGGAGAGAACACUUCCUGUUUAACCCUGCGCACAACCUGGAAGAGAUCAUACGCUACUGGAAACAUUCCUCGGUGCUGGACAUAGGUGACAGCCUUGCCAUCCCUGAUGAGUUCACAGAGGAAGAGAAGAGCUCAGGUGGCUGGUGGAAGCAGCUUGUUGCCGGUGCAGUGGCGGGGGCUGUUUCUCGCACUGGUACUGCCCCUCUGGACAGGAUGAAAGUCUUCAUGCAGGUUCACUCUUCUAAGACCAACAAGAUAAGCCUGGUCGGGGGCUUCAAACAGAUGAUCAUAGAGGGAGGUCUAACUUCACUGUGGAGGGGAAAUGGAAUUAAUGUUUUAAAGAUUGCACCUGAGACAGCUAUCAAAUUUAUGGCAUAUGAGCAAUAUAAGAAGUUAUUAACAUCAGAGGGCAAAAAAAUCGAGACACACAAGAGGUUUAUGGCUGGCUCUCUUGCUGGGGCCACAGCACAGACGGCCAUCUAUCCGAUGGAGGUUUUGAAAACUCGACUGACUCUGAGAAAGACUGGCCAGUAUUCAGGAGUGUUUGACUGUGCCAAGAAGAUCCUGAGGAAGGAGGGGGUCAAAGCUUUCUACAAGGGCUACAUUCCAAACUUACUGGGCAUCAUUCCCUACGCUGGGAUAGACCUCGCUGUGUAUGAGAGUCUAAAGAAUGCUUGGUUGUCGUACCACCCCAAAGACUCGGCUAACCCCGGAGUAAUGGUGUUGCUUGGCUGCGGGACCAUCUCUAGCACCUGUGGCCAGCUGGCGAGCUAUCCACUCGCACUUGUACGCACACGGAUGCAGGCACAAGCGUCUCUGGAUGCGUCAGACCAGCCCUCCAUGACCUCUCUGAUGAAGAAGAUUGUAGCCAAAGAUGGUUUUUUCGGACUCUACCGGGGCAUCCUGCCAAACUUUAUGAAAGUCAUUCCUGCUGUCAGCAUUAGCUAUGUGGUUUACGAGUACAUGAAGACUGGCUUAGGAAUCUCCAAAUGAUAACGUAAGCCAAUAAAAAAAAGAACAUUUACUGUAUUUGUCAGACUUGAAAUAUGUCUGCAAUAAUUCUCAAGAAGACAGAUGAACAUCAGACAUACAGAGCAUGACGUCCGCCAGCUGAUACAGGAGUUCAGAUGAUGGAAAACUGUAUGUAUCCCAGUAAGGGUUGUCUGUCAGUAGCUAAAGCAUUUAUAAUUUGUGGUGAGCAUGCUUUGAUUUUUUUAUCCAGCUGUGACACAUAACACACUCCCCAAAUUUCUACACUCUGCAAAACAAUACUUGACACAAACACAGUACUGUACAUAGAACAUGCAUGAAAAGUAGGAAUGAUAAUACAUAAUGGAUGUUUAAUUUAUCCUACUGUUAACGCUUUCAAAGCUGUGAUCAACCAAAAUGGUAGCUCAGUCAGACAUACUGUUGUGAAAAGAUUUUUUCUUAGAGAAAGGUGGAGCUAAUCCCAGCAGAGUUAAUGUCUUAUUCAAACUCAGACUAAGGGAAAAUGACACUAUGCCAAUUUAAAUGUUGACGUUCACACCACUGAGAGAUAAUUUAACACUUUACACUCUAUGUUGUAAAAGUGCCCCAGAGUGAUAUCAGCUGCAGACAAGCACUGCACCACUCAUCAGCUGUCAACUAAAAGUAACUGGCUCUGAAAAAUCAAAUACUUGUUAACACUGGAAAUCUGUGUGCAUGAAGAUGCACACAUCUUGUGCAAUGUGAAAAUCACUAAUUCCACAUUCUGUGUGUUAUCUCAUAAUCAUUUCAAUGUGCCUUACAGCCACUUGAUGUGAACUUUCUGACAUCAGCAGAGGUGUGGUUUUUUUUGUUGUUGUUGUUUUUUUUUUAACUAUACCAUAGGUAUACUGUAUGUCUGUAGUGUACAUCUUUUUGUAGCUGUGCUUAUUUAUGGGUUUUAAUGAUGGUUACUGCAAUGUAACAUGGUGACAUUUUUAAGAAAACUGUAAUAAUUGGACUGAAAAGCUUGCAAGGAGCAUGUUUUUGUCUUGCGUCACUCCAUUUCAACACAUCCAGACCUCCACCCUAAACACACACACACGCCCACAAUAGGAUCCUCUUACGUUUAACAUUUUGUUACUUGUUCUGUCACACAGCAAAUAUGUGGGAAGCUUUUAUUUACCAUGAAAGGUGACAAUCAGCCCUUUGUCUUUAUUAUAAGUUAAUCUCCAUUUCAAGAAACUUAAACUCUUGAUUUAAUAAUCAUUAACCUGAACAUGUGGAAACUAUGCACAGAUGUUUAACGUGAUCUUUGAUGGGGGGCUCACUUGAGAACAAUGGUUCAGUGGUAUCAAGUUCAGACCCUCAGAGAUGAGGUCCCUUGUUGAAGAUUAUUGAGAUGUGUUAACAGCUCCACCUAGUGGUCAAUAAAGACAAAACGUUUAACAAA